AUGGGGGAUCAGAUUGACUGCUCACAUGAUGUAACUGUGCCAGCGAGCGGUCGACUCAAGAUUGAGAAGACUACUCGCGACCUCGCGGAAGCAGCUCCGCUUCAUAUGAGAAAGGUCCACGACGGACGACAAUCUAGACAAAGUAAGCGUCCGACCUCAGCAGUCCUUUGGACAUCGCUCUGA